UAGGGUUUAUGGUGAGCGAUGGAAGCUGCGCUGCGCUCCAGGGCUCGGCGGGCGGCGUCGGCGUGCUGGAAUCGACUGGCGAGCUCGCGAUCGAGCUCCGAUGUAGCUGCAUUGGCGGAAUCCGGCGAGGCCGCUUGGAAAUGGGCUGUGAGGAAGAAAGUGUGGAGCUUGUGCGAAUCGGGCGUGAGCACAGUGCCAAGGAAUCGAUAUCCCGUCUUCCGUGGUGCAAAUGUGGCUGCGUACACGCUCUCGAGGAAAUUGCCCGAGUAUCGUGAUUCUUUUUGCGUUUGCGUAGGAUCCGACACGGUUCUCAAGCCCGUGAGAACCAUGCUACUGCGAGCAAAGAAGAGUGUUCUUAUUCCUCACUUGCAAACUGGUACUUUCAGGAUGAUCAACCCCGCGGCCAUGACUACCACGCAGAUAGCAGAGGCGUGCAUGAAAGGAAAGUUUGUAAAUUUCGGGAGGGACAUGAAAAUGGAUGAAUUCGUCAUUGUCAACUUCAUUGUGGUUGGCUCCGUUGCUGUUGAUCCUCAAACUGGUGCAAGGAUUGGCAAAGGCGACGGCCUGGAAGACAUGGAAUACGUGCUUCUUCGACGCAUGAAAAUAAACGAGAAAACGCUGGUGGUGACUACAGUGGACGAUAAGCAACUCGUAAGUGACAUGCCAAUCGAGCUCAUGGCAAAACACGACGUUCCUGUGGAUGUUAUAUGCACGCCAACAAGAAUCAUCUUCACAGGAACGAGCCUCCCAAAGCCAACAGAGAUCCUUUGGGACAAGCUAACGCUAGAGCGGCUCUACGAACUGGGAGCCGUGCGAGAUGUCAAGAACAAGAUUGAAAAGGAGACUAGCAAGCUUGUGAAGCUGGCCCCGGCUCAAACUCGGCCGCCACCUCUGAAACGCGACGACGCCGACAGCGAUCCCACCAUCUUCAUCUCGGAGCUCAACCCGACGGUCACGGAGGAGGAGCUCCAGCAGCACCUAAAGCAGCUCGGGGUGAGAGAACCCGUGUCGCUUUUCAAGGCCCGGCAGAAGCUCGUUGCUCGGGUGAGAGUUCCCCAAGGCUCGGACAUCGCUCCAUCCAUCAGCAGCAUCGAGGGCAGCGAGCUCAAAGGCUGGCGACUAAAAGCCAGGCAAGAUGUCUGGGGUGCGCAGAUUUGAGAGACGACGCAAAUCAUUCAAGAGUCACGUAGAGCGUCAGCAGGCCACUGAUAAUAGACGAAAAACAUGUACCUCGUUGACGUACUAUGCCGAGAAAUCUUUUUUUCCUUCUGGGAAAGUUGACUU